GCUGAGCCCUUCCGCUCUCCGUACAGGAAUGUGAAGACUGCAUUACGUCAGUUCUCCUGCCAGCGGCGAGAAAGCAGCCUCGUCCAGCGGGAGUCUGGUUACUUUUGUUACUUUUUCUGUGGAGAAUUAAAGGGACUUUUUUUUCUCUCCCCUGAGGUAUUCAGAGUUGGGAGUCCUCCUGUGUGAACGACGGAGAGGAAUGCAACAUUGUAGCGGAGCAUCGCAGCUCUCUUCUGCUUCUUCACUAUGAAAAGUUUGUAAACGGAUUUCGACGACACUCAGAGCAGAUGGAGGAAGCUCAAGGUACAGAUGCUGGCUGUUACUGUGCGGGAUGUGGAGGAGAAAUUCAAGACUCGUUUCACAUGAAAGUCCUCCAGGACACCUGGCACAACGCCUGCUUUCAGUGUUCUGUGUGCUGUGACCACCUGACUAACUGGUACUAUGAGAAGGAGGGCAAGCUGUACUGUCGCAAACACUACUGGGAGCAGUUUGGAGAGAUCUGUCAUGGCUGCUCUCUGCUCAUGACCGGACCUGCCAUGGUGGCCGGAGAACACAAGUAUCACCCAGAGUGCUUCGUGUGUCUGAGCUGCAAGGUGGUGAUUGAGGACAGGGAUACCUACGCCUUAGUGGAGCGAUCCAAACUCUACUGUGGGAAGUGCUACAAGCAGGUGGUUCUUACACCCAUGUUGGAGAAGCGCUCACACGAUUCAGUCCUGGACUCGCUACCCCACACCGUGACGCUCAUCUCAAUGCCCUCUGCUGCCAACGGCAAGAGGGGCUUCUCCGUCACAGUGCUGAGGGACGACAACGGCUCAGCGAGUGUUCAAGUCAAAGAAGUCAGAGGGAUGCUUAUUAGUCCAGAGGUCCGAAAUGCCAUCCAUGUUGGGGACAGGAUCCUGGAGAUUAACGGCCUUCCUGUCGGGACACUGAUGCAGGAGGAGGUGGAUGAUCUUAUUUACCGCACCAGUCACACGCUGCAGCUCCUUAUAGAGUAUGACCCAGUCAGGCAGCGUUUAGACCGGCUCAGGCUGGGAUCACCAAGAACCCAUCUGGGAGUCCCCGCCACCUCCCGCAUGCGUCUGUCCUCACCGUCUGACACGGUCUUGGAGAGAUCCGAUGUGGUUGAUGACGGCACACUGAAAAGGAGGUCUUUGAGGCGCAGUAACAGCAUAUGUAAGUCCCCCGGGCCAAAUUCUCCUAAAGAGAUGCCUUUUAUCGGCCGCUCUGAAUCCUUGAGAUCCUCCAAUAGCUGCUCUCAUCGCAUCUUCCGCCCAUGUGACCUUAUCCACGGAGAGGUCUUAGGAAGAGGCUUCUUCGGACAGGCCAUCAAGGUGACUCAUAAAGCCACAGGAGAAGUGAUGGUGAUGAAGGAGCUGAUCCGUUGUGAUGAGGAGACCCAGAAGACUUUCCUAAAGGAGGUCAAAGUAAUGCGAUGCCUCGAACAUCCCCACGUUUUGAAGUUCAUCGGUGUUCUAUACAAGGAGAGGAGGCUCAAUUUGAUAACCGAGUAUAUCCAAGGAGGCACGCUGAAAGAUUUCAUCAGAGACACGGAUCCGUUUCCAUGGGAGCAAAGGGUGAGCUUUGCAAAGAGCAUCGCUUCUGGCAUGACCUACCUUCACUCCAUGAGCAUCAUACACAGAGACCUCAAUUCUCACAACUGCCUGGUUAAACUGGACAACACUGUGGUCGUUGCUGACUUUGGACUGUCCCGACUCAUCCUUGAGGACAAAGUGAAGCCUCAACCUGAAAAAACAACCACUAAGAAGAGAGUCUUGAGACGCAUCGACCGAAAGAAGCGGUACACUGUCGUGGGAAACCCGUACUGGAUGGCUCCAGAGAUGCUAAAUGGUAAACGCUACGACGAGAAGGUGGACAUUUUCUCCUUUGGGAUUGUACUCUGUGAGAUCAUUGGGAAAGUCUCUGCAGACCCCGAGUGCCUUCCCAGGACUCUGGACUUUGGCCUGAACGUUUGCAAGUUUGUGGAGAAGUUCCUCCCUGACGACUGUCCACCAGCUUUCUUUCCACUGGCUGUGGCAUGCUGUGACCUCACGCCAGACAACCGCCCACCUUUCCAGAAGCUGGAGGACUGCUUUGAAGCUCUGUUCCUCAACCAGGAGCUGGGGAUCCCCCUGCCAGCCGAACUGGAUGAACUGCAUCGGCAAGCAAGUCGACUCUACUGGCCUAAAGACGGCGCCCCGUCCCAGAGCACAGAUCAGCCAUCAACCCCAACAACAGCGGCCUCUCCGGACUCUUCCAGCGUGGCAGACGUUGGCACCUAGGACCUGUGCCUCUCUUCUUUGACCCCUCUGAGCUGCUGCAUUAAUCCCGUGGAUGAGGAAAAGAGGAUAAUCGCUUUGAGCCUGAGCCAUAUUAGAACUGGAUAACCUGAGGGAACUCUGAGACUCCCAAUUGAACUGCAUUGUGGGUGGAAAGACACAUUUCAAAAAGACAAGUGUUAGUUACUUUUUGUUUUUCCCUACUAAGCCCCCACUCAACACACACAGGGUUGUACUAAUGUUUACUGUGUAUAAAGACGCUAUGCAACUUUCUUUGGUCCUUUCCCCGACAACAGACAAACAUCUUUAUAAGGUGGAAGACCUUGAUGAGCAUGAUGUGAUGGCAGUUUUGUUUUUCAAGCUGUGAAGUCUUUGUUUUCUUUGUGUGGAAUGCACUGAUCACUUCAGCAGCAAAGAAAACAAAGAUGCUCCACCAUCAGGCUGACUCACAGGUCUAAGUAAAAGGAGGGCGGGGCUUCAAGAAAACAGGUGCGACUUAAAGAAGCAGCUGACCCUGAAUAGUUUCAUCACUCUGAGAUUUGGCACAAGAUGAUAAAGGAUUUUUUUCAUCUAAGCACCACUGAUCUAAUAUUUGACGAGAUGGUUACAAGUAUGGUUCUGUACUUUUGUAGUCUAACAAUUUUAAUUAAUUUUUUAGGAUGAUGAAUGAACUCUAUUUAGAUUUUUGCCACACUGACAUUUUGUUUCACUGACAUCAAACACCUGAUGCCUAUUUUACAAAACAGGAAAGUAAGGCUGUUAUUAAUAAUCAUGCAACUCUUGACCAUAAAAGGUUGCCUUGUACAGAAGAACUGGAUUUUUUGUUUUAUUAAGUCAUGUAUAUAAAUAUGUAUAUAUUAUGCCUCUGAGGGAUGCCAUUUUCUAACGGGAACUUUAGAUUUGUAGAUUUUCAGACAUUUCGUCAACGAUGGACGUUUUUGCCUUUUUGUUAUCAUCACGCAAGGUACUGACGACCAGUUGUAACCACUAUUAUUUAUAUCACCGUAGUGUUUCAUAAAUAAACCUUUUUAAAGUUGG